CCCGAGCGCCCGCGCCACUGUUCGUCUGCACCGUGUGUUCGUGUCCGAGAUCGCGCCCUCUAUCAAGUUGUCAGCAACUUCCCUUCCCUGGGCGCGAGGGCCUCCAUUCACUUAGAGGUGGGCUUCCCGUAUGUUUGGAAAUUGGUGUGGCUGGCUUAUCGCGCGCCCGUUCGCAGCAACUGCCCAGACCAGCCCGCAGGGCUGCCGGCAUCCACUGCCACGUCGAAGUCCGAACCUCCUAGCCUUCCUUCGCCAUGCACGUCAUCGCUAUGGACCCUGCACCCGCAGGUGGCAGCUGGCGGCAGUGGGAAGGCGCGAACUCUGGAAGCUCCCGGCGAAGCCCCAGGCUCGAACGAACUGCCACGAGCGCAGGGCUGCUAGUGGCUGCCCCGCGAGGGCCCUGCCGGCAGCAGGUCCCUGAAGCUGGCACCUGCGCCGCAGCGCCGGCUCGCGCGGACAAUCGAGAACAUGCGAACCGCGGUCCUCCCUGCACGGCUUCCUAGACACUACGCCCAGCUGGGCUCCUGCAGCCUGCAGAGACGUCCGGACCUCUGCGAACUCUCGGACGUCCGACGGCCCAUGCGCCGCGCGAAGCCGGCAGGUUGGCUGACGCCUCCGAGUCCUUGCGCUGACAGUGACAGCACCCCGGAUCGAGCUCGACGCCCCCUUCCGUCCUUCCGCCUUGGCUCCCAAUUCAGUGCGCGAUGGUGUGGCAGCGAGUGAUAGAGUAGACGCGGGAUGGACGCGCCGGC